CUGGGUUCUACACUGCUUAUCGCGUCAUGAAAGAUUACCCGUCCGCUUUGAUAGACAUGUACGAGGCGCUUCCCAUACCAUUUGGUCUUGUCAGAUAUGGCGUAGCACCUGAUCACCCAGAAGUCAAGAACGUACAGCAUAAAUUCGAUGAAGUUGCCAGUGAUUCUCGUUUCCAAUUUAUUGGUAAUGUACGUUUUGGAAAAGACAUCUCUCUUGCUGAAUUAAAGCCGCACUAUGACGCAAUCGUUCUAUCAUAUGGAGCAAGUGCAGAAAAGAAAUUGGGAAUUAAAGGCGACGACGGAUCGCUAAAGAAUGUUUUAUCUGCUGGAGACUUUGUAGGCUGGUAUAAUGGUUUGUUUCAGGAUUACAAUCUGCAACUUGAUCUCACGCGAACGGAUACAGCGGUUGUAAUUGGACAUGGGAAUGUCGCCUUGGAUGUGGCGCGAAUAUUGUUGAUGGAC